ACUAACUUGUCCACCUCACACUUCCGCUACUGCGUAUGAAAAAGUUGGGUGAAUUAGAGAAGUUUGACUUUGUAGCAUUUUCAAAACGAUACGUUACACUGCCUUAGUCUUUCAUUUAUGAAGCAUUUAUAGCUCGAAAGAGUAGUAGAACAGGUUUACUUAUCGGGUACUUGUUUAAAAGUUGAACAUGUCCACGAGCGUCUUGUACAAUGACCAAGGAGGAGCGGAGGCUGCGGUGGAAGCAGGGCUGGAGAGCACCCCGACCUCCUCCAGCACAGGAGCUGCUUUCAGACUCGUCCACGCUGACUUUAAAAAAAAUGAAGACCUUAAAGAGAUGUUGGAGAGCAACAAAGAGUCGCUCAAACUGGAUGCUAUGAAAAGGAUUGUUGAGCUGAUUGCCAAAGGGAAAAAUGCAUCGGAGCUGUUUCCUGCUGUUGUGAAGAAUGUUGCGAGUAAGAACAUUGAGCUUAAGAAGCUCGUGUACGUCUACUUGGUGAGGUAUGCAGAAGAGCAGCAGGACUUAGCUUUGCUGUCCAUCAGUACCUUCCAGCGGGCCCUCAAGGAUCCAAACCAGUUAAUCCGGGCCAGUGCGCUGAGGGUUUUGUCCAGUAUCCGUGUCCCCAUAAUUGUCCCCAUCAUGAUGUUGGCCAUCAAGGAGGCUUCAGCUGACCUGUCUCCUUAUGUCAGGAAGACUGCCGCCCAUGCCAUCCAGAAGCUGUACAGCCUGGAUCAAGACCAGAAGGAGCAGCUGAUUGAAGUGAUAGAGAAACUACUGAAAGACAAAAGCACGCUGGUGGCCGGUAGUGUGGUAAUGGCCUUUGAGGAGGUGUGUCCAGAUCGCAUUGACCUGAUCCAUAAGAACUACAGAAAGCUGUGUAAUCUGCUGGUGGAUGUGGAGGAAUGGGGCCAGGUGGUCAUCAUCUCCAUGCUUACACGCUACGCCAGGACACAGUUCACCAGCCCCUGGAAGGAGGAUGCUAUGUUCGAUGAGACCAAUGAGAAGGCCUUUUAUGACUCUGACUCUGAGGAGAAAAAGGACCAGGUGAAGGCCGGGCCUUAUGUCAUGGAUCCAGAUCACAGGCUGCUGCUCAGGAACACCAAACCUCUCCUGCAGAGCAGGAACACUGCUGUGGUGAUGUCUGUCGCUCAACUCUACUGGCAUCUGGCCCCUAAACAUGAAGUCAACAUUGUCACCAAGUCACUGGUUCGACUACUGAGAAGCAACAGAGAGGUGCAGUACAUUGUGCUUCAGAACAUCGCCACAAUGUCCAUUCAGAGAAAGGGGAUGUUUGAGCCAUUCAUGAAGAGUUUCUAUGUCCGAUCUACAGAUUCAACACAUAUCAAAACGUUGAAGUUGGAGAUCCUGACCAACCUUGCCAAUGAAGCCAACAUCUCCAUUAUUCUGCGUGAAUUUCAGACCUAUGUGAAGAGUCAGGACAAGGCGUUUGCAGCAGCCACCAUUCAGGCCAUUGGCAGGUGUGCUACCAACAUCUCUGAGGUCACCGACACCUGUCUCAACGGUCUGGUUCUGCUGCUGUCCAACAGAGACGAGACUGUGGUGGCUGAGAGUGUGGUGGUGAUCAAGAAGCUGCUUCAGACUCAGCCCAGCCAGCGCAGUGAGAUCAUCAAACACAUGGCCAAGCUCUUCGACAGCAUCACUGUCCCCAUGGCCCGAGCAAGCAUCCUGUGGCUGAUGGGAGAGUACUGUGAGAGGGUACCAAAGAUCGCACCUGAUGUUCUCCGUAAGAUGGCGAAGACCUUCACAGCAGAGGAGGAGAUUGUCAAGCUGCAGACAGUGAACCUAGCAGCCAAACUCUACCUAACCAACUCUAAACAGACCAAGCUCCUGACCCAGUACAUUCUGAACCUGGGCAAAUACGACCAGAACUACGAUAUCAGAGACCGAACACGCUUCAUAAGGCAGCUGAUAGUGCCCAGUGAGCAGGGUGGGGCCCUCAGCAAGUACGCUCGACGCAUCUUACUGGCCCCCAAGCCAGCCCCUGUCCUUGAGUCUGCCUUCAAAGAUCGAGACCACUACCAACUGGGCAGUCUCUCCCACAGUCUCAAUAUUAAAGCUAUUGGAUACCAGGAGCUCUCGGACUGGCCAGCUGUUGCUCCUGACCAGUCUGUGAGGAACGUGGAGGUCAUUGAGCCAGUGAAGGAAUGGGUACCAUUAGUUGGGAAGGUCAAGAAAUCCAAAUCAGAUAGCAAGUUCUACUCGGAUGAUGAAGAUGAUAAAGAAGAGGAAGGCUCUGACAGCAGUGGCAGUGAGGACAGCAGCAGCAGCAGCAGUAGCAGUGGAGAGUCAGGCAGUGAGAGCGAGGAGGAAAGCAGUGAAGAGUCAGAGAAGACCUCCAGUGAUUCUGGAAGGAGUUCAAGUGCAUCUGAAGAGAGUACCAGUGAAUCUAAGUCAGAACAAACAACAAAGAAAAAGACCAAGAAGGUGCCACAGGAAAAAAAAAGCAAACCACCUGCUGCUGACAGCAGCUCAGAUGAAAAUGGUAAUGCACCUGUAGCCCAGGCUAGCAGCUCCUCAUCAGAAAGCUCCUCCGGCUCAGAGUCAGACUCCGAGGGUGACUCUGAUUCAGAUCCCCCCAGGGUACAGAAGAAGGUGGAGGUGAAAUCCAAGAAGGAAGUUUCUUUACUGGAUCUGUGUGACUUUACUCCUGCACCCACAAACGCACCAAAGCCUGUGGUCCUCUCCUCGAGCCUGCUAUCCGACCUCCAAGGCUUGUCUCUGUCAAAUGUCUCGUCCGCCAUACAGGUCACCACUUCAUCUUUCAGCCCUGUGAAAACCCAUGAGCUGCUUCACCACAUGACAGGAAAAGGUCUCUCCGCCAAGUAUCAUUUCCCCAGGCAGCCAUGUUUGUACCAGCCCAGUAUGGUGGCUGUACAGAUCAUACUGACCAACAGCUCAGACCACAGCCUAGAGGAGAUCCAUGUCGGAGGCCGAAGCCCUGCGAGCCUUAAUAUCCACUGCUUUAACACCAUUGAGCGGCUGGAGCCAGAGGCCUCGGUGACAGUUUCCAUGGGUAUUGACUUUAGCGACUCAACACAAGCAGCCAACUUCCAGUUGUGCACCAAGGAGGACCAGUUUAAUGUGUCCAUCCAACCUGCUGUAGGAGAGUUAGUGAUGCCCAGCACCAUGACAGAGCAGGACUUCUGCAAGGAACAAGGUAAACUCCUGGGCAUGAAUGAGACCUCUGCAACCAUCACCAUGGCAACAGCAAACUGCUCCAGCCAGGCCAUCAGUAAGCAGGUCCUGUCUGUCGCCAACGUGGGAGUGGUUUCAUCCACCCAGAACAACCUCCACAGGUUUGCCGGGCGGACUGUCAGCAGUGGAGCUCUGGUCCUGGUAUCACUGCAGCUGAAGGAGUCCUCCACUGCCCUGCUUACCAUCAACACAGAAAAGAGCGUCAUGGGCUCCAUGCUGCUCCGAGACCUGAAACAAGCCCUUGCUCAGGCAUAGAGCCCCCUCCUCUCAGCUUCCCUUAGUAAAGGAAGUGAAGACCUGGACCCUGAAGAGCGCUCCUGGAGGAUGAACUGGAAACAGUGGAAGAGCAGUCAUGCAGCGUUUCUUAUUUUAAUGGUCUGUCACUGGGGAAGCGAUUGUCCUGAAUCAGGGGAAUAACUUUGUGAAAACCUUGAAUAAAGCACAGACGCCCUUUAAAAACACACAGAGCACAUCAUGGAAGUGAAGGUACAUUUGAAAAUGUGACACUGCCCUCAUUUGUUUGUCCGCUCCACUUCUAUAAAUCAUUCCUGACAUUCCUUCAUCAUGAAAAUGUCCUGCUAACUGGUCACUUACUGGUGACAGUGAAAAUUUGUAUUCGUAAAUAUUUGGGCGAAGAAGUACAGUGGUGCCCCGCAGUGGGCUGCAGGUCAAAUCUGUGGUCCCUCAUCAUUGUUCCUACAGUAUGAGAUACUCCAUUAAGAAAUAUAAAGCACCGAGGUGUGUGUCUCACUGAUGUCUGUGCCUGAGCAUUUACACAGGUGAGCUUUGAGAAGCAGAGAAGUCUCUGUGCCUUUUCAGUUAUAAACCUUUAGAAGUUUUGUAACACUCAGCUAGUCUCUCUGUGCCUGUUGUAGUUUUACAUUUCAACUCAGAACCAUGUAUUAAAGCGCCUUCUCUGUGGAAAAUAAUACUUAGAAAACCAGACAUACACUUUAGCCUUAAAUCAACAAGGUGUUUUUAUCUGUAUUGCUUUGCUGAACAAU